AUGGCGGAAGACAACAAUGCCCUCCUCGCCCAGAUCCUCGCGGCCGUCAGCCAGAUCCAGAGCGACAACAAAGCCCUCGCUGCCUCUGUUGACGCCAUCAAUGGCCGUGUAAAUGCCCUCGCGGACGUCAAGAAGCUCAAAGAUGCUGCCCGCCCUGAUACGGCCCGCGUUUCUGCCCCUCCUGCCGCAGCCGCACCAUUGGCAGCCCUCUCCCCCGCGUCCGAGACAAGCGCAGAGAUCAAGGAGGAGGAGCCGUCAAAGAGGCCGGCCACCUCGAGGAUUAUUCUCACAACUUAUCCCGGGCAGAGUGGAAUUGACCCCAUCAUCAUGAAUUGGGGACACAAGGACCCGAUGCAACGGGGCCCGGUGGUUGUUUCAAGAGCGGGAUCAACUGUCAGGCGCAGGAACGCAAUUGGUGCCCAUGGUGGCUCGUACAGUAUUUAUCAUGCCCUCGCUGUAGCAAUUAAUGAACUCAAGGUGGACCACAAGCCCGAUUAUACCAAUACUGAGCCUGCAGCCCCUCUUGGGCCCUUCCCUCAAUGGUCCGAUCCCAAGAAGAUUGUUGCGAUGGACCCUCUCGGUCAUCUUGCGCCAUGGUUGUACAAGGAUUACAUUGGAAAGGAAGAUGUCGAGAUUCGUCCUACCAUUGCAAUCACCAAAGCCCACAUGAAGCUACCCGAACUCGAGCAGAGUGUGAGGGAGGGUCGAUUGAAGGUUGAUGGCAAGAUCUGUUUGAACGAGUCUGGUGAAUUGGCUGUCACCAAGUUUGCCGUGGAGCCGGUCUGGUAUCUACCAGGUGUUGCGGAGAGAUUUGGAAUUGAUGAGGGAACCCUUCGUCGUUCGCUAUUCGAGAAUACCGGAGGUUCAUUCCCCGAGCUCAUCACCCGCGGUGACAUCAAGCUGUUCCUUCCCCCAAUUGGAGGGUUGACAGUAUACUGCUUUGGUGAUGUCGCGAAAAUGUCCGAUCCCAACGUUAAAUUGGCCCUUCGGGUCCACGACGAAUGUAACGGUUCCGAUGUGUUUGGAUCUGAUAUCUGCACAUGCCGUCCAUACCUUAUCUUUGGAAUUGAGGAAGCUGUGAAGGAAGCUCAGAAGGGUGGAAGCGGAGUCGUCGUCUACUUUAGAAAGGAAGGUAGAGCGCUUGGUGAAGUCACUAAGUACCUCGUAUACAAUGCUCGUAAACGCGGUGUCGACAAAGCCAGUGAUUAUUUCAUGAGAACUGAGAACAUUGCCGGAGUAAAGGAUAUGAGGUUCCAAGCCUUGAUGCCCGAUGUACUCCAUUGGUUAGGUAUCACGAAGAUCGACAGAAUGCUCAGCAUGUCCAACAUGAAGCACGAUGCGAUCGUUGGCCAGGGAAUCCCAAUUCACGAGAGGAUUCCGAUCCCGGAUGAGCUGAUUCCGGCAGACUCCAGGGUUGAAAUUGAUGCGAAAAUCCAUGCUGGAUACUUCACCACCGGAAAGGUGAUGACUAUGGAGGAGCUCAGUGCCGUUCAGGGACACGACGUGGAUCACUGA